AUGCCACUAGCAUACUCGACGAAGAACCUGCCCAAGCAGCUCUUCCUCAACAAUGAAUACGUCGACGCCAGGUCGCCUAGAAAACUCACGCUGCACAACCCCAAGAAUGGGGAGCUCAUUGCCGAUGACGUCCUCAUUGCGAGCGAGCAUGAUGUCGAUCUUGCAGUCGAGUACGCGGAAAAGGCGUUGCCUGCGUGGAAGAAAAUGAGCAACGUCCAGCGCCGCGGCAUUUUGAAUAAAUUCGCCGAGUUGAUCGAGCAGAAUGCCAGUGAAAUCGGGCAGUUGACGAGGAUAACACUGGGUUCGCCGGCGGCAUUUGGCGCCUUCGAGGUUGGGAUGUGUGCCGAGACAUUCCGGUACAACGCGGGUUUCAUCGACAAGUUUGGCGGCGAAUCUUGGCCGCAAGAAGACGGCUUCCUCAAGAUCGUGCGAAACGAACCUCUAGGCGUCACAUGCGGCAUCGUACCCUGGAACGGCCCCGUCGCCACCAUCGGCCUGAAAGCCGCGCCCGCCCUCGCAACUGGAAACUGCUUCAUCCUGAAGCCAUCAGAGAAGACUCCGUUUUCGUCUCUCGCGCUUGGUACCCUCAUCAAGGAAGCCGGCUUCCCGCCAGGCGUCUUCCAGAUCCUGUCUGGCGACGGCAGCACAGGGGCGCUGCUUGCGAGCCACAUGCGGAUCCGCAAGGUAAGUUUCACCGGCUCGAUAGCGACGGGCAAGAAGAUCCAGGAGAUGGCCGCAAAAUCCAAUCUCAAGCGUGUGACGCUCGAGCUUGGGGGCAAGUCGCCUGCCGUCGUGUUCAACGACGCGAAUCUAGACAACGCCGUCAAGUGGACGGCCGACGGCAUCACAGCGAAUACCGGCCAAGUGUGCUUUGCAGCCAGCCGUGUGUACGUGCAAGAAGGCAUCUACGAGGCGUUUAUCGAAAAGUACAAAACCGCCAUGCAAGCCAAGGUGCGCGAGAUCGGGGAUCCAGAUGAGCCCACGACUAACAUGGGCCCGCUGGUCGACGAAGCCCAGUUCAAGCGCGUGCAAGGCUUCAUCGAGCGGGGUCAGAAAGCACAGCAGGGCACGCUGGUCGUCGGCGGCAAGCGCGUCGGCACAGCGGGAUACUACCUCGAGCCCACCGUCUUCACCGAUGUAGAUCCCACAUCGGAAAUCGCGUGUGAAGAGAUCUUUGGUCCUGUCAGCGUCGUCAAGUCGUUCAAGACCGAGGAAGAAGUCAUGGCGCUGGCGAACAACACGAAUUUCGGGUUGAUGGCUGGUGUGUUUACCCAGGAUAUCAAUCGUGCGCUGCGCAUUGCGAGUGAGUUUGACAGCGGUAUGGUAGGCGUGAAUUGCGUUAGUCUGAUGUUUACCAAUGCACCGUUUGGAGGCAGCAAGGAGAGCGGGCUGGGUAGGGAAUGCGGGAUUCAUGCGCUUAGGGCGUUUACAGAGCCGAAGACUAUCAUGGUGAACAUGAAUUAUUAGCUUGUUUUGUGAGCGAGGGCAAGGGGAUA